AUGGGUAUCGACUGGAUGUCACUCCCCGUUCUCGCAAAGACGGGCGUUGUCUUCAACAACUUGUCACAUUUUGCGAUUGGCGCGUAUUUCCUAGAGGUCUUCCUCUCGAGCAAGUUUGAGCUCGACGUUAUCUGCGGCCGCAGAAAGUUCCGGGUCGGUCAGAUACUGUACUUCUACUGCAAAUGGAUCCUGUUCGGUGCUUUCCUGGGGAUGCUCGUCGCCCUCAAUGUCUCGGGUCCCGUUGUCAAUUGCCAGGUCCUCUACACCUGGAAUCAAUAUGGUGGAAACACGUCGAUUGGUGCCGCAUCGACACUGCUCAUGCUCAGGACGGUUGCGGUCUGGAACAAGAAAUGGGCAAUCAUCAUUCCUCUCGGUCUCAUCAGCGCCGGACAAUGGGGUAUCCUCCUCCACGGAAUCACGACCGUCAAGGCUUUCUAUGAUCCAACGACCAAUGCUUGUGUCGUCGCACAAGUCGACGGGCUGUUCCUCAACUUGGUCUACCUCUGGACCAUGUUCACGGACUUGAUCGUCCUCAUCUUGACUCUUGUCGGGCUGCUCAUCACUCCCGGCCGCUCGCAGCUGUGGAAGCUCCUGCUCAACGAUGGUAUCCUCUAUUUCCUUGUCGCCUUCCUCGUCAACACGGUCCCGGCUGUCAUGCUCCUCAUCAAUCUGAACCCAGUGAUGAACGUCAUGUUCUCUAUUCCGGCUGUUGGCAUUUCGUCGUCGGUCGCGUGCCGGAGCUUUGUCCGCCUGAGCGAGUUUGCAUCGCCCGUCGACAGGAGCAACACCAGCCAACCAUGGUCCAACGCCAACACGCGCGUGACGGGUCGCAGCAACCGCGACUUUGGCAAGACGUCGACGAUCCAGUGGGCACGCCCGAACCAGACAGAAUCGCUCGGUGGCAUCAACGUGACGCGUAGCCAGCACGUCGAGGCGGACAAUAUCGGACUCGAGGCAUACACACACUCGCCGCGCAACAUUCAUCCGCUCCACAACACCUCGGGCGAGUCGCUCGACCAAAAGGGCGCAUUUGCCGUAUAA